AUGGUAUCACAGAUUAAAGAAUUUACUGAUUUAGAACAAUCGAUGGGCCAAUUCUCCACCGAUAUACAAGAGGCAUUACGGCUACAAAGAGAAAAUGUUCGUAAUGUUAAUACACGGUUUAUAUCUGAAGUGAAUGAACUACGUAAUCUAGUUACAACAUUGAAUAAACAAUAUGUUAAAGAACAAGAAGAUAUUGAAGGUUUAAAACUACAAAUCACUUCGGCAAAGGCGAACAAUGAAAUCUCGAAAGGUAAAUACGAGGAUUAUCAAAUAAGAAAGAACAAAUUGAUGCAAAUGAGAGAUCAGCUUACAAAUGAAUCAAAUGAAUUGGAUGCUAUGGUAGCUCAGAGAGAACAAUUGGUGCAAGACUUCAGAGAGAGACUUUUAAACCAGGCGAGUCGAGAUAAUUCCGAAGUGAAAUUGUAUGAACAAUUGCUAGGAAUGACUGUAGAUGCAUCGAAGUCUGGCACUCUCGUGUUCGCAUUUUCCAACUUCAACGAAAAGAACCCUGCACAGAAAAGUUCAUUGACCUUGAAUGUUGCGGGACCCACCUUCACCAUAAUGGAUACUAACCCAACCCUCGAUCAAAAUAUGAAACAGCAGUUGGUAGAUGUCCUUAACACUAACAACAACUUGUCUGCAUUCAUCGUGAGAGUUAGAGAGGCCCUAGCAGCUCGUAUCGAAUGA